AUGGCUUUGGUAACAUUACGAAUAUUUCGUAUGGCGAUAAUUGUUUUUAAGGAAUUUACUCAACCUGUUAAAAGACUGUUCGUAAAUAUCGCACAACACAACGAUUUUUUUCGCAAUUACAUAUGCAAACCACCGGCUUAUGGUUACCGCUGGUGUGAACAUUCUCUGCUGAUGCUGUUAAGUAAGGAAACUUCGAAAACCAAUAAGCCACUAGCAGAGGAAGAAGCAAUUAUUUUAGGAUCGGCCAUAUGGGCGGAAGUGGUUGUUUUUAUAUGCUGUUCCGAAGUAGUGCUUAUGGAAUCGAAGCGGCAAGCGAAGAAGGAAGAAGAAGAAGAGCGCUUAAUAACGAAUCGCGUAAAAGAUUUGCACGAAGCAAUGCGAGUUUUACAACAUCGGCUACAUGAGCAAUAUUUUUACAUUGAACAAAUUAUUGAAGCUCUGAAAAAACUUGGCAUGCCGAUCGAACGUCGACAAGUUAACCAAAGAGCGCACGCAACAGAUAAGAGUUUUGUGCAAAAACUCGUUUAA